AUGACGGGUCUUCAGAAAUCAUCAGAAGAGCCCUCCGAUCCAAACGUUAAGUCGCUCUUCCACAAUCCACUGUCUAUAUCUUCCUCCUCUGUCUGCAGGCAGCCGUGCAAAAAUGAAUGUCUUCUUGUCGGUCUUAACACGGCUUGGCUGGCAGUCGGAUUAGCUGAUUCGCGAUCACCUGUUCAGAAGAGACGGUUGUACAUUUCACACGCGUCUGCUGCCUGUCGUGUGUCUCAGAGCACUCUUGGCCAAUGCGUCUCUGGCCUGGCUUGUACCGGAGGCGACAUGUGCUCGCCUGGAGUGAGAGAUUUCCGAAACGGGUCUCGACCGCUGACCGCUGUCUCCUACCCUCAGGACAAGAGCCAAUCAGCAGCCACUGUCCUCUUCGUAGGUCCUUUCGACUGCUACUGA